UCGCCCAGGCAGCUUUUUUGCCAAUGUAACGCGAGCCACGAGUACGUAUAAUGUAAGCGAUGAGGUGCAGGGAAAGUGCCAAGCUAUUAUAGCGCGAGGUAUAUAAGGCUCGGUCUAGAAAACGAAGCGGUUCAGUUAGUGGUCAUACGCCACGCUUCAAACAUACGCGAACUCGAGAAUGAAUAUUAAGAUCGUCAUCCUUUCGGUGGCUCUGGCCAGCCAGGUUCUAUGCGCGAGAGAAUCGAGCGAAGCGAACGACGCGAGCUCGCUCGAUCGAAAUGUCGAGGCGGACCUGACGGAGAAGAAGACGGAGAAACGCGGGCUGCAACACAGUUACGGUGACUUCGGGGGUGGUGGCGGCGGUGGCGGCGGCGGCGGCGGCGGCGGCGGUGGCUACGAUCAUCACGAGCACGUGAAGACUGUGACGGUCGUGAAGAAAGUGCCGGUACCGUACGAAGUAACGAAGCACGUGCCCUACCUGGUGGAGAAGCACGUGCCCUACGAAGUGAAGGUCGGCGUGCCGCAGCCCUACACCGUGGAGAAACACGUGCCCUACCCGGUGAAGGUGUUCGUCAAAGUGCCGGUGCACGUGCCGCAGCCGUACACCGUGGAGAAGAAGGUGCCGUACGAGGUGAAGGUGCCGGUUGACAAGCCCUACGAGGUCAAGGUAUACGUGCCGCAGCCCUACACCGUGGAGAAGCACAUACCGGUGCCGGUGAAGGUGCCGGUGCCGCAGCCUUACACGGUCGAGAAGCACGUGCCCUUCCCGGUGAAGGUGAAGGUGCCGGUGCCGCAGCCCUACGCGGUGGAGAAGCCGGUGCCGUACGAGGUGAAGGUACCGGUCGACAAGCCGUACCCGGUGGCGGUGCCGAAGCCGUACCCGGUCACCGUGGAGAAGCCAUACCCGGUGCCGGUGGAGAAGCCGAUACCGUACGAGGUGAAGGUGCCGGUCGACAAACCGUACCCAGUGCCGGUGGAGAAACCCUACCCGGUACCGAUCAAAGUCCCAAUUCCGCAACCGUACCACGUGCAUAAGCCGGUGCCGGUGCCGGUGCCGAAGCCGGUGCCAGUGCCGGUGAAGGUGCCGGUCGACAAGCCCUACAUCGUCGAGAAGGAGGUGCCGGUCCCGGUUGAGAAGGAAGUGCCGGUACCGGUGAAGGUGCCGGUCCCUGUUCCGGUGCACAUCAAGCACGACGAACACGGCGGCGGCUUCGGCGGCGGCUUCGGCGGCGGUUUCGGCGGCGGUUUCGGCGGCGGUCACGGCGGCGACGAAGGCGGCUUUGAUCUGCACUCCGGUGGCGGCGGUGGCGGCGGCUUUGAUGUGCACUCCGGUGGCGGCGGUGGCGGCGGCUUUGAUGUGCACUCCGGUGGCGGCGGCGGCGGCGGCGGUUACGAUUUCUCGCAUUCGAUUCACGGUUGAUGAGACGCCAUUCCUCGCGAAACGCGCGGGUCCGUCCCGGAUGUCGCGAGAGAUGGCACGUCCGCCUCCGCGCCAACGUCGACGUAAUCGCGCGCACGAGCUUAUUUCCGAAUCGGGAUGGUACUUUAUUACAGCCGAAACCGCGCGCUUCAUCGAACGUCAAUCGGGAAGCUGCACGAUGAAAUUUUCGCGGCUUCAGCGGUAGUCCUCGACCGAGACUAGAAUACUGGCG